UACGGAUGGGCGGGACUUGCCAGCUCUAUAUCAAAUCAUUUCAAGAAGAGGCAUGGCUUCUGGGAAGCAAUAUGUGUCCUGUAGGUAGUGAUGGGAGAAAAGAAGCGUCUCAAAGCUUUGAAUCAAUUGGCUCGCAAAAUGAUUCACUGUUUCGAAUCUCCACACGCUGGCGACUCCUGCUGGUCAGGACAGUGAUGAAUCAUCUUCCUCUUCUGCUGCUGUACUUUAUCAUUUAUAGUGGAUCCUCCAGUAUAUCUGUGUCAGGAAAAAAGGGAGGAAUCGUCACUCUAUCCUGUGGAUCUGAGGACAGAGAGAUUGUGGAGAUCAGAUUAUACAGUGUGUCGAAACACAUCCCUGUGUGUGAGGAGAGAAACUGCAGCGGUCGAGUGUUUAAAGAAGGAUCAUGUGACGUCAUCAUCAACGACCUGAUCUACAGGGACGCUGGGAAAUACUUUACAUAUAUUUAUUACAUUAAUGAUCAGAGAGAACUGGAGCAUCAGACGAAGGAAUAUCUUCUUCAUAUUCACGGUGAGAUCUGUGUGAAGAAAGGAGAGGAUCUGAAGUUGGAUGUUUUGGUGACAAAAGCUGAUAAAGUGGAGAGAAACUCUGGCUCCGGCUGGACAGUGCUGUGGAGGAGAGGUCACGUGGUCAGCAAUGAUGGACUGAGCGUCAGUGAGCAGACUCUGAUCAUUAGUAAUUUUACAGCCAACGACUCUGGAACAUACAGAGCUCUGGACUCUAAUAAUGAAGCCUUGAUCACAGUCACAGUCACAGAAUCUGUUACAAACUCAAAGGGAAAUCUGAACAACACUGAAGAAGCCAAAACUGACGACACUGAACAUCGACCUGUAGAUCAUUGGAUGUUGCCGGUUGGACUGACUGUGGUUCUGCUGGUUCUGCCGGUUCUGAUUGGUGUCGUGAUAUACAGACGUUGCCACAGAGAUCACUCGAGGGUGGACAGCACUGACUUCAGGGAUCCAGAUGACAGUCUGCCAAGGGUCUGUGGAUCAUGAUGAAACUAGUGCUGUAGUUCUCCAGUUCAGUCUCUAGGGGUUUCUCGUUCAGUCGUCAUGGUUCACGAAUAUAGAUUGGCGAAUACAGAAAAUCCCCAAAAACAUCUCUGGAUGGUGAAAAUGACAUCUACCAUCGUCCUACUAUCCUUCAUAGCGUCAUCAAGUUUCGUCUUUGUUAUUGUUUUGAAAAGACGACCGCUGGCGGCCAAAGAAUGACACAUUGAAGCUUUAAAAGCGGCUAUAACACCACAGAGACUGGAUGUUUUUACGCACAAAGUUUGUUUAAUUGUGUCCCUCACCUAACACACCAGGGGCCUAUACCAUGAAGCCGGUUUAGGUGGCUAGCCAGCUAUGUUUCAGUUUAGUUUGCGCUUAUCCUGGGUUUUAGGUACUAUGAAAGCGGUUUGGCUUUUAGCAGUGUUCAUCGCCAUAGUAACUUACACUCCACGGCUAACCUGGUCCGGGGCAGGUGAUGCUCCAGGUAAGAGGUUGCAAAACGAACUUGUACCAAUCAGCUGUGAGCAAAGUGACACAUGUCUGACGCGAUAAAGUCACUCCACCUGCUUCUACUCCAAAUUAAAGGUCACUACAUAGCAAAUUAUUUUAAAGACAAAAUCAUCUGGCUUUUAGUAAUGCUUAUUUAGAAUGAUACAUUUGUAUGAUUUAGAAAUGAUGUAAUUAUUAUACCCUUAAACAAUAUCACAUGUAAUUUCAGUUCAUCAAUUCUUAUUAUGCAGAUUUUAAAUGAAUACUUACAUAAAGUUAAUAUAUUUUUGCUUUAGAAUACAUAAAUUAAGCAGCUAUAAAAUGACUAAAUGUAAGCUUAAAUGUUCAAUUCUCUAUACAUAUAUAUAACUUUUACUUGCACUGAUACAGUAGCGAG